AUGCGUUGGAUUGGCAGCACACCCAGGCGCUACAAGCAGUUCGUAGGGAACAAAGUAGCCGAGAUUCUGGAGCCAACGAAGGUCUGCCGAAUGGAGAUGGCUACCAUCCGCCGACAACGUGGCAGAUGGUACAACUCGGGCGCAACGCAGCGUGGACCUAAGCGAGGAGUCACGCUGGUUAAGAGGACCGGCAUUCCUGAGGAGACCAGCGGGCAGCUGGCCAGGAACUGCACCCACCGACGAAGCGGAUGCAGAAGACGAAGAGGAGAUGCCGAGCGAUUGCUGAGGACUACGGCCUGGGUCCUAAGGUUCAUACGUCGAUGCCGUGGACAAAGAGAUGAGCUGGAGAACUACGGCCUCAAUGUAGCUGAGUGUGAAGCAGCCGAGGACUUAUUAUUCCAUAGAGCACAACGUGAGGCGUUCCCCGAUGAGAUGCAGGCCGCAGAGAAGGGCUUGGACGUCGCUAAAGGAAGCGACAUAUGUGGACUGGCGCCAUACCUAGAUGGCAAUGGAAUCCUGCGAGCGUAUGGCAGGAUCGAUGCGGCGCUAUGCAUACCGUACAGUGCCAGGAGGCCAGUGAUCCUCUCCCACCAGCAUGGUCUCACGGAGAUGAUUGUGCGCGACGCCCAUGUGAGGAUGAAGCAUCAAAACGUGGAUGCUACGCUGGCGGAGAUCCGGACCAGGUUCUGGAUUACGAGACUGCGGAGAGUGCUUCGUAGUGUGAUCUCGGGAAGCAGCGAGUGUAAGCUGCACAGAGCACGGCCGAUGCCGCCGAUUAUGGGACCCCUGCCAGAUGAUCGUUUGGACGCCAAUGGCUGGCCGUUUAAGAGCACAGGCCUCGACUACUUUGGGCCGCUGCUAGUCACCGUUGCUCGGCACCAAGAGAAACGGUGGGUGGCCUUGUUUACGUGCCUGACGACCAGGACUGAUUUCUGCAUACUUGCAAUCAGGAAUUUCAUCUGCCGUCGAGGGCCUGUACAUAGACUGCGCAGCGACAAUGGCAGGAACUUUGUUGGAGCAGACAGAGAGGCCAAUAGAUUUGCGGAGAUCUUCGAACCCGAGAGGAUCCAGUCGGAUCUGUCAAGGAAGGGAAUUGAAUGGAUCCUCAACUGUUCAGCGAACCCGUCAGAGGGUGGAGUCUGGGAGCGAAUGGUGCAGUGCGUGAAGAGGGUGCUACGCUACACAGUGAAGGAAGUGGCGCCGAAGGAGCACGUCCUGGAGAGUUUCCUGAUAGAGGCGGAGAAUGUCGUUAAUUCUCGUCCGCUCACCCAUUUGCCAGUGAGUGCGGACCAGGAAGCUCCUCUUACGCCCAAUGAUCUCCUCAAGGGAGCAGCUUGCCCACCGGAUACCCCGGCCUGGAUGGAGGCCUCGUCAAGGAAGGAGCUACGCGGAACCGUUCCGCGUCGAGACUGGCGGAAAGGUGUCGUGGAGGAGACCUUUGCCGGAACGGAUGGUGAGGUCAGACGAGCCCGCGUUAGGAUCAUGGAUGGAGACCGGACUCGCUGGAUAAUGCGCCCCGCUUCAAAGUUGGCGGCUUUGGAUUUGAGUGAAGAAGUUCUUCACGGAGGUGGGGAUGUCGCGGAUCGAUUAUCGAUAUUUGGUAUUUAA